GUAGCUACAUGCAAGCAAUCGAUUUUUCCCAAGGGCAAUUGAUGGGGUUGGACUUCCAAGCGACAUCCAUGGCCAUGAGGAUGGUGGAUACCGGUCGUGGCAGCACCCCUGAUGUGAAUAUUGAUGCAUUUGGUAGGGGCGGAGGAGAGGCUCCGGUGGCGGCAGCGGGCUCGUUGGUUGCCGAGAGGAGACCGACCGGGUCUUCGAUUCAAAGAUCUUCGAGGAGGAGGAGGGAUAGCGGCGGGACGAUCGUGAGGGUGCCGGCCCUCCGAACGGGAAACACGGAGAUUCCACCGGACGACGGGUACACGUGGAGGAAGUAUGGCCAGAAAGAUAUCCUCCGCUCCAGAUUUCCAAGGAGUUACUACCGGUGCACCCACAAGAGCUACUACGGUUGCAAUGCAAAGAAACAAGUCCAGAGACUCGACGAGGAUCCAUACACAUAUGAGAUCAAGUACUGUGGCACCCAUAGCUGCAAGACCUCGACCACACCACUCCUUAUCCCCUCUAUAACACCAAACACCAACAACGCCAGCAGCAGCAGCAACAACAACCCACCAGGGGAAGCACCGAUGCCGGAAGCCACCGCACAGCCGCCUUCUUCCCUACCCACUUCAACCCAACUGGGUAUCUGGUUCUCUAGGGAGUUCGACCAUGGCCAAAGGGAAAUCCCAUCCCUCGUCGGUAGCAGCACACAAGCCGGACCUUCUAACAUGCAAGGUGGCGGAAGGGAUAUCGAUUGUCCCGUUGCUGCUCUGGCGGAUGUUAUGUUCAAUUCGGGCAGCAGUGGGAGCAGCAUGGAUGCCAUCUUCUCGCAACCAAGGCAAGACAGUUGAAGCCUUGAAGGGCAUCAAUGAAGAGCCAUCAGAACGACGAUUUUAUCUCUAACUUUUCUAUUUCACAAUUAGAUAGAGCACUAGGAGUUGAUAGGAUUCACAUGAUUAAUUCUUUA